UGAACAGUGAAAGCACAAACUACGAGGAAUAAAGUGCAGUUAUACAUAAACGGAUCAAGAAAAUGCAGAGGAAAGUGGCAUAUUUAGAAAGGAGGAACGUUUAAUCGGAGCAUUUGUUCCUCACGGUGAACAUUAGGUGAUGCACACUUGAAAAGAAGUAAGGGCACUUCAUUUAAACUCGCUGUUUUUUUUUAUUGUCACGUUUUCAUGCAGUGUUUUUAUUAUUAUUUAACUGACUGAUGUUAUCGUAUGCAAAGUAUUUGACGUACCUGAUUUGACUGCGCGUUAUCGUUAUAAGAUCAGCUCUGCUGUGGUACUUGUUCAUAUGUAGUCGUCAUGCCUACUUCAAAAUAUUAUUUUCUUUUUUCUCCUUUAUUUUUGCACUCAACAUCUCAAAAACCUACACUUUUAUUUUACUCUUAAUAGACCGAAUGCAACAGAUUUGGUGCAAUCUGAAGCAGAGAGGAGUAAUGCAAAAUGCAAAUCAUUAAUACAGAUCUAUUUCAGUUUUAUUUCAAGAAGUUUCAGAAAUGAAUACAUGAAUGCAACCCCACGGAUGUGACCCAAGAGCACGCGCUGAGGGAUCAAGGCUCCAUAAGCAGCUUUAGGGUUCAUAACAGAGUCAUUGUUGGACUUGGACUGUUGUUUGUUUUUAACUGCAUUCCAUCUGGUGAAGAUGAUGAAGAUGAUACACUUUAUGAAAGGGUCUGUAAUAAAGAUCCACAGCCUGUCGCGCGCAUCUCGGUGUCUGACAGCUGAAGGCGUUGUGCGUGGGUUUUCCUCUGCUUCCGGUCCAAGAGUGUGUAUUGUAGGAGGAGGUCCUGCUGGUUUUUACACGGCACAACAGCUCCUGAAGGCUCGGCAAGAUGCAGUCGUAGACAUUUAUGAGCGGCUGCCGGUGCCUUUUGGAUUGGUGCGGUUUGGAGUCGCGCCUGAUCACCCUGAGGUCAAGGUCAGGCCUUUCUUUUGAAAAUGUCAUUAACACUUUCACCCAGACGGCCAAGCAUGAACGAUGCAGUUUUCAUGGUAACGUGAAUGUGGGCGAAGAUGUGACAAUUGAGGAGUUAAGACAAGCAUACCAUGCUGUAGUGCUGAGUUACGGAGCCGAAGGAAACCGCUCCAUGGAAAUUCCGGGUGAGGAUUUUCCCGGUGUUUUUUCAGCUAAAGACUUUGUCGGAUGGUACAAUGGACUUCCCACUAAUAAGGAGCUGUGUCCAGAUCUCAGCUCUGAAACAGCUGUGAUCCUUGGACAGGGAAAUGUGGCUCUGGAUGUUGCCCGAAUACUUCUUUCCCCUUUGGACAUGUUGAAGGAGACGGAUAUUACCCAGAAUUCACUGGCGGCGUUGGCGGGCAGUAAUGUGAGAAGGGUUUUGAUUGUGGGUCGGCGAGGUCCUCUACAAAUAGCAUGUACUAUCAAGGAACUCAGAGAGAUGGUGAAUUUGCCAAACACCAGAGCCGACAUGCUGACCUCUGACUUUGAGGGCAUCGCAGAAGCUUUGAAAGACCUUCCCAGACCGAGAAAAAGACUGACGGAGUUAAUGAUGAAGGCUGUAAAGGAAGGAGGAGACGAUAAAGUUGAGAAGUGCUGUGGUUUCCGCUUCUUUCGCAGUCCUGUGGAGGUUCUCACCGGGGCUGAUGGGAAAAGAGCAACAGGAAUCCGAUUGACUCUUAAUAAGCUUGAGGGGUCGGGUGAUGGUGCGCGUGCGGUGCCCACCGGUCAGAUUGAGGAUGUGGAGUGUGGCCUGAUCAUCAGCAGUAUCGGGUAUAAGAGCAUUCCUAUCGACCCCACUGUGCCCUUUGACCCCCGAAAAGCCAUCGUGCCUAAUGACAUGGGAAGAGUGCAGGACACAGCGGGCCUGUACUGCAGUGGCUGGGUGAAGCGGGGUCCCACCGGUGUGAUCGCAACCACCAUGAACGACAGUUUCGAUACGGCACGUGUUUUAAUACAGGAUAUGGAGGCAGGCAAACUGGAUGUGUCAGUCAACAAACUGGGUGCACAAGCAAUCACUGACCUUCUGCAAACACGAGGAGUCAGAACGGUGCUUUUUUCAGAAUGGGAGAAGAUUAAUGCUGAGGAGGAGAAGAGAGGCAAAUCCCUGGGAAAACCCAGGGAGAAACUUUUGGAUAUAGACGAGAUGCUGAAGAUAGCCUGGUCCUGAUAUCAGACCCGGUGGAGUCUGCAGAGCUGUCUGACAUAACAGGAAGUCUGUUAAUGUUUGAGAUGUACUUGGCUAAUUCACCCAAAAAUAAAAACUGAUGUUUCCAAACCUGAAUGACUGACUUCUGUGGAACACAAUAGAAGAUGUUUGGCAGAAUGUGCAAGCUGUUCCUCUCCAUACAAUGAAAAAUUACAAAUAAUUAUUGAAAAUUUUAUUUUAACGUGGCACUAAAAUGUUGAGCUAAGCAAUUUGUACGUUAAAAUAAUCAAUGCAUUAAUACAAAUUAAAUUGUAUUUUUUCAUAUUUUAAUUUUAAUUUUUGUAUUUUAACAGCACUAAAUGAUGUGUCUCAUUUUUAUUGUGUCACUUGUCUCAUUUUUGUUGGCGCAUAUUCAGCUGCUGCUUUUAGGGUGUGGGAAUGUCUGAUAAGCGACACUGUAAUUUACACUGUAAAAUUAUGAUAGCUUUUUCACCCAAAAAUAAAAACUGAUGUUUCCAAA